AUGGCGCGCCGUACUUUCGCAACAACAUCCUCAAUAAUGCCCCCCCUUGGACACGACUCCCGGCCGCCGCCACCGACGUGGCCCGGGAAUGCACAGCCUGUCAACGCCCCUUCACCUCCCCACGACUGGCAUACCAUCUUCGCUGAUGUGCCUCACGUUACCAAUCAGGUGGAAACCGUGUCCCGGACGGUUCGCGCCCUCCUGGCCUCGCAAGGCCUACAGUUGGAGGACAUGCAGCGGUAUCUCACAGUGACAUUCAAUCCCGAAGGCGCAAAGCGUGAAACGGGUACGUCCGCCCCGCCAGCCGCAGCUACUUCCAGCCUUGUCCCAUAUCGGGGUCUGAACAUACGCCCUCAACACAAUGAAGUUCCGUCGCCGAUGGGCGACAGGCGCCGCCCUCAGGACAGAUACACCGGUAACAUUCCGAUGUCCGUUCGUCAAUCUGCCCUGGUUGAAAAGCUGUGGUCGAUCUUCGGUAUACCGCUAAAUGCAGCAUCAGCGCAAAGCUCCAGUGCUCAGCCCGAAAACCCGCCUGCUUUCCCUGCCUAUCUUCUCCCUCAGCCGGCUCCCCAACUGCCCGCGUCCGCGUCCGCAACGGCCGCAGAGCCCGAGGCAGAGCUUCCGAACUUGGACUCGCGUUACCUUCCUUGUAACUACACAUUCACUUGCGAUUGUCUCGUCGAUGGAACCCCUCCGAACGCCCUCCCGCGCCCGACGUCCUUUACGAACUCACUGCUGUCGAAGCUAGGUGUUAUUCAGUCUUCAACUAACGACAGUCUGGACGUCGCUGUAGCUGCGUUGAGGGAAACACUGAGCUUGAACAUGAGGAUCCUCGGAGUCCUCGAGGACAUCCGCGGCAAGUUGAUAACCAUGAAUGGUAAGGACAGGCUUGCGACUACUGGUAGGCACAGCUCAGAAGAGCCAUCAGGAUCCACCAAGUGGUACUACGGAGAUACAGCCGUGAACAACAGGUAUAAAGUUGUGGGUGCGUUUGUGCAUGCCUUCGUCGCAGCUGUAUGCUGCCACAUGGAGUCACUAGGUGUCACGGUCAGAGGCUCCAGAGCCACAUCUAUGGACAGGUACACUGCUGUUGUCAAGGAGAUCAUGGCCGGCACCAACAACACUCGGUACUACGAGGACACGCAAGUUAAGCGUCAUGACAUCCAGGAGUGUCUACAGCUGUUGUGUACUGACAGGAAGUACGCAGUGCCCAUGGUGACAGCAACCCAGAUAUCUGAGUGA